AUGGAUACAAAUGCGACCAGCCUCAAUACCUUCCUCCUGUAUGGGCUUGCCGUUGUGACUAUCGGCAUUACUUGCCUACUCCUCAAAAUCCAAGCGUUGCGCUCGCUACCCCUCCCGCCAGGACCCACGCCAUGGCCCUUGGUAGGGAACGUCACCGAUCUAACACCGCGGGAGCUAUGGAUAACAGCUCAGACAUGGAGUCAACAAUACGGUGACAUUGUAUACACACAUCUGUUUGGGAAGGGCAUCAUCUUUCUGAACUCCAUUGACGUCGUCAAUGACUUGUUGGAUAAGCGCGCGCCUCUGUACUCGGACAAACCCCGUUUGAUCAUGGCCAAUGAGCUAUGUGGCUGUGGCAAUAUGGUCGUUUUCACGAAUUAUGGUGAUCGCGCAAGGCGUCAACGCCGUCUCAUGUCGCACACUCUCAGUGCAUCCCAUAUACAUAAACAGAACGAGAAUAUCGAACUCGAAGCUCGAGGUAUGUUGGAACGCAUGCUCGAGGGUGGAGAUGCGUUUGCGCACCUCAGACGCUAUUCUGUGGGAUACAUCAUACGGAUAGUCUACGGAAUCGAGCUCCGUGAUGACGAUGGGACCUUGAAACUUCUGGAGCUGGAAGAGCGGGCGAGCGACUUGCUUGCGAACAAAAUCUUGGCAGGGGGAGGGGUUUGGGCGGUGGAUAUGAUGCCGUCUUUGAAACACCUUCCUGAAUGGUUCCCGGGGGCAGGCUUCCUGCGCAAGUCCAGAUCAUGGAAGAAAACCUUUGAUGACCUUCGCGAGCAGCCAUGGGAGAUUUUGAGACAAAAUAUGAUGUCCGGCAUAUUUACACCAUCCUUCUGCUCGGAGCUGCUCCAAACGAGCACGUCUCUCACCAUGCAGGCUGAAACAGAUAUCAAAGAUACAGCGAUGUCUAUGUAUAGCGCUAGUAUAGAUACUACUUCUGCAAUUGUAGCUCAUUUUGUUCUUGAAAUGAUGAAUCAUCCGGAAGUUCAGCGGAAAGCGCAGGCUGAACUCGACACUGUCCUUGGUGGCCGGUUGCCGACAUGUGAUGAUCGCGGGCCUUCAUUACCAUACAUCAAUGCGCUAGUCGAAGAGGUCUUGCGUUGGUCGGCCGUGGUCCCGCUUUCGCUUCCUCGGUGCCUCCUCGAGGACGACGAUUACAAGGGUAUGCAUCUCCCGAAGGGCUCCAUUAUCCUUGUGAACGUGUGGAAAAUUGUCCGCGAUGAGAAGAUAUACCCCGAUCCAUAUCAAUUUGACCCCGAGCGUUUUGUUGAAAAAAGCAACGACAAUGUUCCCACUAAACAACCUGACCCUACACAGUAUAUAUUCGGCUUCGGUAGGAGGCGCUGUCCCGGUGUACAUCUCGCGACAACGUCCCUCUGGUUUGUGAUCGCAUCCAUACUAGCCACUUUCGAUAUUCAAAAGCCUCUUGGCGGCAAUGGAGUACCUAUUGAGCCCAUUGUCACCUUUGACAAUAGCAUAUUCCGCACUCCUAGCGAUUUCGAGGUCAAUAUAAUACCUCGAGCAAAUGCAAAGGAAAUGCUCAGAAACUCUGUGCGGCCUAGUGCAUUGCACCAACAAUGAUAUCUAUCGGGCGAGAGCGCUUGAUACCCCAUACAGGAUUUGAAAAAAAGAGACUGUCCCUCAGUUACAGUUUAACUACAUCAUACGUAUCGCAAUAGAUUAGACCGUCAUGUUUCUAUUC